CCUUUAGAACAUUAGACCAACACGGCGUAGACGAUACUGCUUCUUGCGGCGCUUAGUCGCUAACGCGCACUUGUUUGGAGGAAACGGCACAAUCCGGUCUCGCAGGUAAUCGUACGUGUUCAUUUCUGUUACAAUCUUAUUUCCUCCUUGGGAGAUUAAUUGUAAGACUAGACCAUACCACCUGUUUUUGGCCAGUGUAGGCAGGUUUUAGCUUGCCAGGCGGUGCCACUAAAUUCGAAGAGGAAAGAUAUAUAAUCGUACGGUGUGCAUGAAGAAAAUUUUAGAAAUAUCUAGUAUCUACGUAAUCGUCGUGACCAAGUGAUUACCAAAAAUAUUUAAAUUUAUUGCAGGUAAUAUUUAUCUCUAAACAUGCCAAAAAUAAAAAUGAAGACUAAACGACAUUUCAAUCGAAAGAUAGCUGACAAUGUAGAAGCUUCGAUGGCUUUAAUUGAGUUACAAAGCCAAAUUAACUCACUUGAAUCGACCGAAAGUACUUGUUCAAGCAACAAAGGGAUGAAUAUCAGUGAAGACAUAAAUAAUGUGAAUAUUGAUACACGGCAUGGCUUUCAGUCAACCAAUGUAUCAUUAAAUAAAGAGGUUUGCGAAAAUGUCGCUGAAUUAAAUUUGCAUGUCAACAAUAUGGAGGAGAGUUUUCCAAAUGAUACAUCUCUUUUAAAUAAUUCUAUAAUAUCUUCAAAUAGCAUUGAUAGUGAUAGGGACAUAAUAAAUAGUAAUAAUGAUUUAUCCACUUAUGCCAAAAAUGAAAAUAAAGAUACAUCAUUGCGAAAAAAAUUAGCAUCAUGGGCCAUUGAGGAAAAUAUUCCUCAAAAUAGUUUUAAAAAACUUUUAGAAAUUCUUCGGAAUGAAAAUGAUUUGACCCCAUUUCAUAACUUACCUAAAGAUCCGAGGACAAUGUUAUUAACUCCAAGCAAUCUUACUUCUAUAAAAAUGAAUACAGGUUCUUUUCAUUACUUUGGGAUUGCACAGUCAAUUAAUAUAUUAAUUAAUCAGUGUGGUGUAUCCCUUCUUAAUUGUACAUCUUUUGAAUUAGCCGUAAAUAUAGAUGGUUUGCCGAUUAGUAAAAGCAGUUCAAAUUGUUUAUGGCCAAUAUUAGUUCAAAUAAAGUCUAUUGAAGUUUUGAAAAAAUAUGUUUUAAUGGUAGCCCUGUAUCAUGGUAAUGGUAAACCGGAAAACCCAAAUGAAUAUUUAAAAGAAUUUGUAAAUGAAGCAAUUUACUUGACUACGAAUGGAAUUUUUAUAAACAAUCAAAAAUAUGAUUUAAAAAUAAAAGUUAUAAUAUGUGAUACGCCUGCUAAAUCUUAUAUUUUGAAUGUAAAAAGCCAUACGGGUUAUUAUAGCUGCACUAAAUGCAAAGUGGAAGGUUGUUUGAUAAAUAAAAUUUUGUGCUUUUCACACACAAACGCUAUGAAAAGAACAGAUGUUGAAUUUAGACAACAACAUGAUGAAGAUUAUCACAAAGGGAUGACUAUUUUGACGAAUUUGCCUCAUUUUGAUAUGAUUAAAGAUGUUAUACUAGAUUACAUGCAUCUUAUUUGUUUAGGGGUAAUGAAAAGAUUGAUUACACAUAAAAAAUAUGGUUGGGUAUAUGGUAAACAACCAUAUAAACUUUCAUAUAGACAAGUAGAAUCGAUUUCAAAUAAAAUUAAAAACUUAAAUAAAUAUAUUCCUGUUGAAUUUCCACGUAAAGGUAGAUCGCUUGAAGAAUGUCCUCGUUUUAAAGCAACGGAAUUUAAACUCAUACUAUUAUAUACAGGACCUGUAAUUUUCAAACAAAUUCUUGCAAAAAAGAAUUAUUAUCAUUUCUUGACAUUACACGUUGCUACUCUAAUAAUGUGUAGUAAUGAAUUCUGCAAAAAAAUAGACAUGGUGAAUUAUGCAAAAGAUCUAAUGAAAUGCUUUGUUGAAACAAGUAUCGAUAUUUAUGAUCAAGAUUUUGUUUCUUAUAAUGUACAUAAUUUAUUACACAUACAUGAAGAUGUCAUACGAUUUGGCAAUUUAAAUGAAUUUUCAGCUUUCCCGUUCGAAAAUUAUAUGAUGCAAUUAAAAAAAAUGAUAAGAAAGAAAGAAAAACCACUUGAACAAAUAAUACGUCGUGUUUUCGAAUAUAAUAAUAUUCCAAGAUUAGAAAAUCAGUUUGAAAAUAAUAUUGUCGCCAAAGAAUAUUAUAUCGGUCUCUUAUUACCAAAUUGUGUAGGUCAAUACAAGGAAUUAAAAUUAAAAUCCUGUGUUUUCAAAUUAAACACUGCUGAUUGUUAUGUACAAAUGUUUGAUAAUGACAUUGUAAAAAUAUGCAACAUAACAUACUAUAAUAAUAUUAUUUGUAUUAUUGGGCAAAAGUUUCUCGAGAAAAAAUCAUUUUUUAUGAAACCUUGUGAUUCUGCAAUUUUAGGUAUUUAUAUUGUAAGCCUUGACAAACUUAGUAGUUUAAAAAUAUAUUCAUUAGUAGACAUUAAAUGCAAAUUAAUGUUGUUGCCAUAUGAAGAUAAUAAUGCAGUAAUUUUUCCUUUGUUGCACAUGUAAAUAAAAUUUUAAUAUUCUGCAUACUUUUUUGUAAUAAGUUCCAUCAAAGUGUAAAAAUAAAGGAAGAUUUAACUUAAUUAAUUAAGUAAUUAAACUUUUGUAUCAGUUACUUGUAUCUCAUUAAAUUAUAUCCAUUUCUGGUAAGCACUAUGUGACAGUGAUAGUAACGAUUUAAUGGUUGCUGUCAGGUUACGUAACUUACCAGAAAUGUUGCGAGGGUAUUAAUUCUUUAAAGUGUUAAAUGUUUUAUUAUUAAUUCGAUUGUAAAUCUAAAACGAGAUUUUCAUUUAUUAUCUUUUUAAAUAUUUAAUUCAUUGACUUUUACGUUACGCUCUAUAUCUCAUUAAUGGACAGUUUAUGUACAAAUUUUCGUACAUUUUUUGCAUUCUUUCUAUCCAAUAUUAAAUAAUUGUAUAAAAUAAAAUAUGUCAUUUCAAUAAAA